AUGGAGCGCGAGGGCCUGGAUCGCCGGAACGCCAUGGGGGCGCGCUUCGUCGACGAGGUCGCGCGCGAGACCCUGCCGGAGUACAUGCAGAUCCGCGAUAUGACGAAGCUGGGCAAGAAGGGGCGCACCCGCUACAAGGAUUUGAGGUCCGAGGACACGGGCCGUUUUGGAGAUGGCGUCAGCAAUCGGUUUGGCCGGCGCACUGAGGCGCCGCUGGGGGUCACCGACGAACGCUACAUGCCGGACGAGCGGCCGAGGGGUCCGACAGGGGCGAAUGCUUCGGCC